AUGGCGUCACCUACGGCCACCAUUUUCGAGGUUCCAGUGAAUGUAGGCACGAAGGAGGAGCAGGAGGCGGCUCCUGCUGAGCAGUACCCGACGACCGAUUUCGGGUUCAUUCCGAUUCCUCGACGACUUCGUUAUCAACCCGAAAAGCCUUUCCACUUUGGACUGCUCAUGAACAUCUCGUUCGGCUUCGCGAGCACUUUCAUGGUCGCCAACCUCUUCUACUGCCAGCCAUUGCUCAUUCAGUUCUCGGAUUCGUUUGGUGUUUCGUACGAAAAGGUCUCAACAAUUCCGACCCUAACGCAAGCAGGGUAUGCCCUCGGCCUUCUCCUCAUAUCUCCCCUAGGCGACCUCGUCCGGCGGCGCCAGCUUAUCAUCGCGCUCGUCUUCAUGUGCAUGCUGCUCACCGUCGGCAUUGCGGUAACCACCAACCUCAUCGCCUUCCAAGCGCUCUGUUUCCUCGCUGCGAUCGUCACCGUCGUCCCGCAAAUCCUGAUGCCGCUCACCGCGGACCUCGCGCCGCCAGAGCGCCGCGCAUCCGCGCUCGCGGUCGUACUCUCCGGGCUGCUGCUCGGCAUCCUGCUCGGCCGUGUCCUCGCGGGCGUGAUAGGCAACUUCACGAGCUGGCGCGUGGUGUACUACAUGUCCGUCGGUGUGCAGGGCGUCGUGUUCGUCGGCGCGUAUUUGCUCCUGCCCGAUUAUCCGGCCAAGAAUAAGAAUUUGACGUACUUUGAUAUCUUGUAUACAAUGGCGAAGUUUGUGGUGACGGAGCCGCAGCUCGUGCAGGGGAUGCUGAUCAAUUUUGCGUCGAGCGCUUGCUUUACGGCGUUCUGGGUCACGCUCACGUUCUUGUUGGGCGGGCCGCCCUAUUAUUAUUCCACGUUAGUAACGCUGGUGAUUGGACUCUUCGGUCUCGUAGGCAUGCUGGGCGUCAUGACCGCACCAUUCACCGGACGAUUCGUUGACAGGCUCGUACCAUGGUACGGCGUCCUGAUCGCCUCAUGCGGCAUGCUCGUGUUUUCUGCCAUCCAGACUGGCGCCGGAGCCGUUAGCAUCGGCGCUGUCGUUAUCGUGUGCUUUGGACUGGACGUUUUCCGCCAGACGCAGCAGGUGUCGGUCGCGACGAACGUGUUCAGCAUCGAUGCCUCGGCUCGUUCUCGGCUGAACGCUGUUCUCAUCCUCUCGACGUUCACCGGUCAAGUAGCUGGCACAUCAGCUGGCACGACCGUUUUCCUGCAAUAUGGCUGGCGUGCGCUGGGCGGGUUCAUGAUGGCCCUCUGCGGGUUCAUGAUCCUCAUACUGUUCGUCCGUGGUCCGCAUGUGUCGCGGUACAGGUGGGUGGGGUACCAGGGCGGGUUCGAGUCAAGAAAGAGUGUCAUAGACGAGAGGAAGAAGAAGGAAAAGGAAAAGCGGGAUUUGGAGGCGGGGAAUAAUGCAAGCAGGAACGAGAACGAGAGCGAGAAGUCUCCUGAGGCAACAGCUCCAGAAGAAGGAAGACCAGAGGAAGUAGAGAUGCCCGAGGUGCAGGAGGUUGGGUAUGCCAUGCAAGGGGACUCAGAGUCAGAGAGGGGGAACCCUUAG